GGCAACCUGCUACCGCCUGCUGGAGGGAGGCCGCCGUGGCGGCGGCCCGAGAGCUGCAUGGGGGAUACUGGGGGCUUGCCCAGCCCCACAAGGGAGAGCUCUGAAGAUCUUGGCCCACUGGCCGGCGAACCUCCCUUUCUUUCAACAGAAAGACUGUCAUUUGCUGCCAUGAAUGAGGAACCUGCCACAAUUUGUUUCAACGAAGAUGAUUAUUACUGCCCUGUCUGCCAAGAUGUGUUCAAAACACCAGUGAGAAUUUCGAUUUGUCAGCAUGUGUUUUGCAGGAAAUGUUUCUUAAUGGCUAUGAAAGAAGGUGGAACACACUGCCCAUUAUGCCGAGGAAUUGUGACCAGAAAAGAAAAAGCACGUCCCAGCAGAGCCUUAGAUAUUGAAAACAACAUGAAGAAAUUGGUGGGGAGCUGUAGAUGCUGUGACAAACAGAUUAGAUUCUCUCGUAUGAGACAGCAUUAUAAAUCGUGUAAGAAGUAUCAAGAUGAAUAUGGUGUUCCUUCUUCAAUUCCAAACUUAGAGAUAUCACAAGAUUCAACAGGAAACAGUUUUAGAAGUGAGUCUUCUAUUUCGGAAAUUGGAGAAAAUUCCAAUCUACAAGUUCCUGAAGAAGAUAGAAGUGGACAGUCCACAUUCAAAUGUCCUUUGUGUCAAGAAAGCAAUUUAACAAGACAGUGCUUAUUGGAUCACUGCAACAGCAGCCAUCUUUAUCAAAUAGAUGCAGUAAUCUGUCCUAUUUGUGUUUCUCUUCCAUGGGGAGAUCCUACUCAGGUCACAAGAGAUUUUGUUAGUCACUUAAAUCAAAGACAUCAAGUUGACUAUGGGGAUUUUACAAAUCUUCAGCUGGAUGAGGAAACUCUGUUCCAAAAUACCAUUGAAGAAUCUUGUCAAGUGAACCUUUGAAGUUCUAAGUUGCUCACAUCACUGCUGUCUACUGAGGGAGGCUGCUUCACUGAUCUCAGUUUGAAUAAAAGGGAACGCUGUAUCUCAUUGGACAGUGGCCAUUAUUUUCUUGUAACUUAAAUUAUUUGAAAGUACUUUGUAUUUAAAAAGCACACGAGGGCAUUGUAAUGUUAUAUUUCAGUAUGGAAUAUUUUCCCCUUUACAUAAUGGUAGAAAUAGUGCAAAUAUUUUGGGGAAGCCUUUGAUAAUCAACUUGUUUAGAGGAGUUUUCUUUCUUUUUUAAAGCUUUGAUGUAGUACACGCUAGGAAAUAUUUUUGGUUACAUUAGAAUGAGAGCUGAAACUGGUAUUAAAAUGCAGAAAAUGUGGGAAAGUGUCUGCUUUGUACAGUCUUUGUACAAUUGCAUUGGGCAGGAAUGGGGGGGAAGUAAUUGUAUUUUCUGGAAUAUAAUUGCUUUUACUCUACAGCAUUAUUUAAUUCCUGUGUUGUACAUAUUAAUGCUCUUGGUUAAGAAAAAUGUAUUCUGAUUAUAGAAGACCAGAUAGGCUUUGUAAUAAAUAGAAAUCUAAGCUGUAAUGUAAGCUGGAACUGAAGAAAUAUCACUUGUUUUAGAGACAAAAUCAUUCUGAUGUCAUUACUAUAGUUACAAUAUGUCAUUGAACAUUGUUGCUUAAAUACAUUUUAGAUUUUAAGGUUGGUUUGGAUUGAUAAGUAUGUAACAAAAGUAUUACGAGCACCAUAAAAAUAUAAAUAAAUAAAUAAAAUAUUUAAGGUG